AUGCCGGUGCAGGAUGCCGUUGUGCCUAUGAAUGCGCAAAGAGUGACAAGGCUGCCCUGGAUCUAUAUCUUACCUCGCUACCCUAUCAACCUCGCGACGCCAACAGCAAUCGGCAUUUACGGCACCAACGGCCGCAGCCGCACUGACGGGCUUGUCAAAAGCCUCUUUAAGGGCGGAAGCUUCCCCGGACAGGGAUUUCGUGUGUGGGCGUGGUACAAGGUGAUGGUGGACAUUGAUUCAUUUGUCCGCAGCGAUUUGACAAGCAAGAAACAUUUAGCAGCGUUGGCGUGCUUCCUGCAGGCCCUCCCUACGCACAGCAAAGUUAUGGGCAACAAACAAUCAGCAGCGAGCUUGCGCAAGUCUGAUACUGUGCUACUGCACGAGACGGCUGGUACUUGUCCGGUGCGGCUGCACGGGGAGAGAGAACAAACGGAGCUCCUCGACUGCAGGCUGCUGGUCAAAGCACAGCCAAGAUGCGCCUGGCAUGAUGCUGCGUGGCCAAGCCGAUUCGUCGACGUUUUCAGAGCAUCACACGCCAAGACACCCAGCAAAGGAAGCCUCUCUUUUCUCGUUGAUGAUUUCUUUUUACUAGCUACCUUGAAUCGUCACAUGCAUAUUACCACCACUUAA